AUGGGGAAUACAGAUUCGAGACUAUUGGUGUAUAAGGAGCACUUGCUGCGUCUUGCGACGGAUGAGAUUAUUCCAUUGUAUGGACCGUUGACUACGACUGAUUCCUUGAUUGGUGCUAAGAAUCCUGCUGUAGCUGGUAUGGAUUCCAAUGGGACCGCUCGUAAUGCGCCAAUCAAUGGGAAACAAUUGAACGGUUCACUUUCUCCGUUUGAUUCCUUCUACACAAAUUUGGUUUCGUCAGAGUUACCUCCACAGUAUUUGUCCAUGUACCUGAACACUAGAGAGUUGCGGACCAUCUUGCUCCAUAAUAAAGCCAAUUUCACCAAUCUUUUGCAUUUCCUCACUUAUAGCAUCAUACAGUACAGUUCGUUCCCAAGCUCUUUGAAAGAUCAGACGAGCCGUCGUUCGCUAACUAACUGUUUGCGUAUAUUGUCGAAACUAAUCCCGAUUAUGUUCGAACAAGCUGAUCUAGACGGUUGCUUGGAAGCCGAUGUUUUUUGGUCAAAGACUUCAUGGCCAAAUGUCAUUUCUUUGAAUUCAGCUCAAUCAGAUAUCUCGAAUAAAGCAACCGUCGGAAUACCAGAUUCCCCAUUCAAUUCACCUUCUGCAAAUACAAAUUCAUCUUCUCUGAAUUCAACUACAGUAAAUAUAGAUUUCAAGGCAAGUCCUCAGGACUCUCUACGAGUCACGAUAGCCACUCAAGCAGACCCCCAAGAUACUUGUUUCCUAGGAGCUAGACUACUCUCUGCAUUAGUGGAACUUUCAACACAGGAAGGUUUUGCAAGAAAUGAUAAUAUUGUCAUCCAAUCGAAUACGAAUGUACAUUACGAUAUACAUCUUCUCGACAUUUUAAGACUGCUCAUUACAUUAUUUUCGAAACCUUUGUACAAACCCACCCAGGAAAAUAUGUUCCUAUCCUCCUUCUUAAAAGAUACUGAAUCAUCGCUUAAGUUGAAUGAAUUAGUUUCUCGUAUUAUUAAAAUAAUUGUACGGUUUGAUCCGAGAGCAAUAGAUCCAAUAAAAAAACCACUUUUCAUCGCGUCCUUGCAAUUCCUAAACAUAACCAUGAAGUUUAACUCAGAUAAUGAGCAGCUAAUACUCUUGUUCUUCCAAAAUUUAUCCGCAAAAUCGAUAGCUGAUAAGAUAUAUCUACCAUUACAAGACAUUCUGUCAAUAAUUGUUGAAGGUGAUGAUCUAUCAAACUUCCAACUUUGUUUGCCCAUUUUCCAAUUUAUCUUCAAUUUGUUCCUUUUAAACUCCGAAACACGAACAGAAUUAGCUACUCGCUUUGGUGCGGUGCUAUUGACAACAUUAAUUAUUUACGCUAAAGUUGUAAGUCAAGAGAGAUAUUGCAAACCACUUCUUCAAUUCUUAGCACACUUCAUGGCUUACUUGUCUUCUCUUCCUCAGAUUCAUUCCGUUUCCUCCUCAAGUUUGAAAUCCUGCCAAUUAUCCUUCCUAUCAGAGAAAGUUAGAAACCAACCAAUUUCAAUUCGUGAAUUUUGUAUCAACCAAUUGGUAAGGCAUAUAAUACCGAUUCUAACUGCCACGGACUCAGUGCUAGACCCAUGUUACAUUGAAACGCUAUACAAUUUAAUAAGAAUACCAUCCUCAUUGAAUUAUUCAACUUGUAUGUCCAUUCAGAAUUUGCUAACAACAUUUUAUGAAUCUAUACAAUUACCGGUCACUCUUUCCCCAAAUUACUCUCGUUCUUUGAGUUUCAAGUUAGACCUUCUAUCCGUGGUGAUUCAUGCAUUAAUCAGUAACGUCCUAGAGAAUUUUCAACAUAACAAAAUUUUGCUAUUUGUGCUAUGCCGUAAUGAAUCUGUAUUGCAGCAAUUGCUACAGUUAAUUGAGGACCUAUCACAAGAUGCUGCUAGGAAUAAACCGCUAGCGCCAUCUUUGAAACCAGAUAAUACAGAUUUUGAUCUCCCUGCAUUCCAUGGUCAUAAGAGCAUUAUAGAGCACCUAGAUUUCGAUUUCAAUUUCCUAGACAAUGACGUUGCAUUGGUAAAAUUACGCCCAUCCUGGCCAGUCGGUGUCUCUUUGAGAAGUAAACAGAAAUUGAGACAAGAUUCGAAGUUGUCGCAAACGUGGUUAGGAAGCAGGUAUGCCUACGCUUUGAUGAAGGUAAUCCAGGUCAUCAACUCUGAAUUUCCUUCGAUCUUAAAGAUUACUAAAAAGGAAGACUUGAAACGUGUAUUGUUGCAUCUCAAAAUCUUCGAACCCUCUUUACAAAAACUGAUACAACCUGUAGUACCGUUACCACUUACCAGAAGAUCGACAUCUUCCAAUCAAUACUUAACAUGGGAUCAUUAUACAUGGAUGCAAGACGAAUACGUAACGUAUUGGUUCGACUAUUUGUUAUGGUCCGACAUCUUCGAUAGUACAUCAGGCAAAGUAUAUUUAUCAGAACGUGAUCUUGACAAUGGCUCUAUCUCUAGUGCUGGUAAUAACACUGCGGGAUCUGGUACAGCCACUUCAAGACAGAGCAAUCGAUUGGAAAGGUUCAAUUCUAACGGGUCCAUUUUGUCUAGAACGAACACGAACGAUGAUAUCAAGUCAAAAAAUUCACUGGAUUAUAGUUCAACCACCAACGGUGGCAACGUUUCAGGAAAUGGUAGUAGUGGGAACAACAACGGUGGUAGUGGAGGAAAUGGCAGUGGCUGGUUCAAGCUGCCAUGGUCUUCCAAUGAUGACGAUAGUACUAAUAAAGUUAACAAUAAUAAUGUACAUGGGAAUGAUAAUAUGGAUCAAUACAAAAAUCUAUUAAAACCUAAUAUAUGGACCGGAACCAACGUCAGACUGUUCCCGUUAGUCAUUGAUGAAUGCGAAUCGGAAUUUUCAUUUGUUGAUAUGACCUCAUCGUUACUGAAGAGACUUAGAUUUAACAGCACCGCAAGUAUUAAUUCUAUGGAUACAAUGCAAACCCUAAGUAAUAACUAUACGUAG